CACAGGAAAAUGAAGGUUAUAUGUAGGAUUUUGUAAAAUUGCAACUCUGUUUAUUUAUUAAUUUAUUUUGACGAAAGAGACAAAAAGGAGAAAGAGAGCGAGAGAGAAAGAAAGAACGAGAGAUAGAGGGGGAGUGAGAGACGGACUCUGAAAUCUCCAGCACAGGUACCUGUUAGAGCGCAGGAUGCCCGGCUGAUCGGAUUAUAGGUGUCAGGGCUUGUUUAUUUGAGAGGGAGGAACAGAUCGCCACACGCGCGCACCGCUUGCGCACGUCGCUCCAUUCAUCCAUCGGUGGCGACGCGGAGCCAGGCAGAUUGGAUACUGACGCACAUCGGGGAAUUUCCCCCCUUUUCCCACAAUGGAUACCUGCAGGGUGCGAGCCUGGGUGUUCUUGCUUCUAUUGUGUCAGGAGGGGUGCGUGUCGGAGUUUCCGACUCAGCUCAUGAUCAAAGAAUGGGUUGAUCAGAUGCAGAAAGAGCUCGUCACCCUGGCAGACAUGGCCACAGCUGGAAGGAGUCUCACCCAGAUUUUCCUGAGAAACCAGCACCUCUACACUGUGGAGCAAAAUGAUGCAGAUAAGCUGGUGGCCAGAGCGGCCAGGAACAUAGAACAGCUGCUGCGGAAGAGGUCUGCUGCCCUGGAGAAACUGGCCACAGCUGCCGAAGUAUUCCAGAUGGAACAUGUGUGGAAAGAUGAGUUCGAGGAUGAUGAGAUUGCAUACUACAAUUCAAAAGACAACCUGGAUGCGAAUGAGACAGAGGGAAGAAAAUACAGGAUUCGGCCAGACUUCAAGGAGGAUCCAUCAUAUAAACGCCUGACAGAUCACAACCACACGGCUGUCCACAUCCCCACUGACAUCUAUGAUGGCUCCGCCAUUGUAUUGAAUGAACUCAACUGGACCGAGGCACUGGAGGAUGUCUUCAAAAGAAAUAGGGAAGAUGACCCAACACUUCUAUGGCAAGUGUUUGGCAGUGCUACAGGCCUGGCUCGCUAUUAUCCAGCCUCCCCAUGGAUGGAUGCUCGAAAGACACCCAGCAAAAUUGAUUUAUAUGAUGUUCGUAGAAGACCAUGGUACAUCCAAGGAGCUGCCUCACCCAAAGACAUGCUGAUCCUUGUGGAUGCGAGUGGAAGUGUGUCUGGUUUGACUCUGAAACUCAUCAGAACCUCAGUCAGUGAGAUGCUGGAGACUCUGUCUGAUGAUGACUUUGUCAAUGUGGUUUUUUUUAACACCAGGGUAAAGAACACAGCGUGUUUCGACCAUCUGGUUCAGGCCAAUGUGAGGAACAAAAAGCUGCUGAAAGAUGCAGUUCAGAACAUCACAGCGAAAGGAAUCACAAACUACACAAAAGGCUUUGAGUUUGCUUUUCAGCAGCUCAAUGCGACCAACAUCAGCAGGGCGUACUGCAACAAAAUCAUCAUGCUGUUUACAGACGGAGGAGAAGAGCGAGCUCAGUUCGUACUGGAGAAAUACAACUUUGACAAAAAGGUCAGAAUUUUUACCUUCUCAGUUGGACAACACAACUACGAUAAAGGACCAAUUCAGUGGAUGGCCUGCUCCAAUAAAGGCUACUUCUACGAGAUUCCCUCCAUUGGAGCCAUCAGAAUAAACACACAGGAGUACCUAGACGUCUUGGGAAGACCCAUGGUUCUAGCAGACAAGAAGGCCAAACAGGUCCAGUGGACUAAUGUAUACCUUGAUGCUCUGGAGUUGGGACUGGUCAUCACUGGAACGCUGCCAGUCUUCAACAGAACCAGGACCUUUGAUGAGAGGAAUGGAGAGCAUCAGAAUCAGCUGAUUCUUGGAGUUAUGGCGAUUGAUGUGUCUCUUGAUGAUAUCAAGAAGCUCACACCACGCUUCACAAUUGGUCCAAACGGCUACUACUUUGCCAUCGAUCCCAAUGGAUAUGUCCUGCUGCACCCCAACCUCCAGCCAAAGAAUCCUAAAUUCCAGGAACCUGUUACUCUGGACUUUCUUGAUGCUGAACUGGAGAAUGACGUAAAAGUGGAGAUAAGGAGAAUGAUGAUCGAUGGGGAAACGGGAGAACAAACUAUUAACACACUGGUGAAAACUCAGGAUGAGAUGUACAUAGAUAGAGGAGUCAGGACCUACACAUGGGCACCAGUCAACGGAACAGAUUACAGCCUGGCCCUUGUUUUGCCUAAAUACAGUGAACACUUCAUUCAAGCUAAGCUGGGAGAAGACAUAAAACAAGCCGUAUCUUCAUCUUGGGGUAAACGUGCUGUGGAAACUCUGCAGCCAGAGGCGUUUGAUGACUUUGGUUUUACCUACAUUGCUCCGAGGGAGUACUGCAAAGACCUGAAGCUGUCUCUGAACAACACAGAGUUUCUCCUCGACUUUCACCAGUAUAUUGAUGGAAACACCCCAGAUGCAUGCAAUGAGUCCCUUGUGAGUCGACUGAUCCUGGAUGCAGGUCUGACAGCUGAACUGGUUAAACUUUGGAAAGAGCAGACUUUGGAUGGGAUGGUGGCAAGGUUUGUUGCCACAGAUGGCGGGAUAACACGAGUUUAUCCAAGAAGUGCUGGAGAGGAAUGGGCCGAGAAUCCAGAGACAUACGAGUCCAGCUUCUACAAAAGGACCUUGGAUAAUGAAAUAUACAUAUUCACAGCUCCGUCUUUCAACACAGAUGCCAGAGAGCCUGUGUCUGAGUCAGGUAUCCUUGUAAGCAAAGCAGUCGACCUCAUCGUGGAUGAAGUCACACUCAAACCAGCAGUUGUAGGAGUGAAGCUUAAUGUUUCGUUUUGGAUGAACAGUUUCAUUAAUGCAACAUUGAAACUAAAUUGCAAGGAUGAGAUUUGUGGCUGUCUGAGGAAUGACAAGCAAGUUGACUGCGUGAUAUUGGAUGAUGGAGGAUUUCUUCUUAUGUCAAAUCGAGAAGAAUAUAUUUCCCUGAUAGGUCAGUUCUUCGGUGAGGUGGAUCCAGUGCUGAUGAUCAGCCUAGUCAACACAUCUCUGUACUCCUUCAACAAGACAUAUGACUAUCAGUCUGUCUGUGACCCAGAGAAAGACAGCAAAGCAGCAGCUGGACCUCGAUCCAUCUAUGUGCCCACUAUCGCAGACUUGCUGAGUAUUGGUUGGUGGGCCUCCAGCGCUGCCUGGUCAAUGCUACAGCAGCUCUUUGUCGGUCUCUUGUUUCCCAACCUUUUUAAAGCAGUGGAGUCAGCAGACGAAGACAUACCAGACGCCAUGUUUAAAGAAAGCUGUAUCACCGAGCAGACACAGUACUUUUUUGACAACGAUGAGAGAUCGUACUCUGGUACACUGGACUGUGGAAACUGUUCCAGGUUGUACCGUGCAGAAAAGAUUCCUAACACUAACCUGGUGUUUCUAAUAACUGAUGCAAAGGCAACGUGUUUAUCAUGUGACCCAAAGCCCCUUCGGCAGGCCGAGCAACCCUCUGAAGGUCCGAAUCCAUGUGAGCUGGCUCAGAACCCCAGAUAUCGCAAAGGACCAGAUGUGUGUUUUGACAACAAUGAAAAUGAUGAGCCACUGUGUCCAAUCAGCAGAGGUUUUACGUUCAGCUUCUCGCCCUUUCAGUUGUUUCUGAUUCUGACUUCAGGGAAGAUGAUUCUGACUGUGGAGGAGGGAACUGCUUAAUACCAAGUCUCUGGCCAGCGCUCGGCAUCCAUCUGCUGCUGUGGUUCACCAAAUCGUUACAAGAUUCAUGACCCCUGCUCACACUCCGACGCUCCGUUACACACCCAUCAUCCUCGCAUUUCAUAGCAGGCCAGACGGCAUGCCACUUGCGCCGCACAGGAUGUAUGCAGAACCUUUCGCAACACCAACGACCAGUAUCAGCAUUUUCAUUCUCCAAUGCCAAAGGGUGUUUGUUCAUUUCGUCGCCCUCAUUUUUAACAUUAGAGACACAUUUAAUGUGCUCAGCUGCACUCAUUUACAUGAUCCUCUGGUGCAAGAGUAAGAGCUAACCAAACCCUUUAAUUCUGCCUCAUUUGUUUCUUUGAUUUUAUUUCUUGAGGAAUAACCCCACUAUGCCAACUGAAGAUCAUUCAAAGACUAUGUUCACUGACAGCAUCGAUUUGUGAAGUUGUCAGUAUUGUUUGUCGCUUAUUAUAUUUGUUCCAUAUGGAUCAUUAUGCUGAAAUGUCUGUUUUAUGUUUCUUUCAUUUAGUGCAUAUAUAUAUAUAUAUAUAUAUAUGUAUAUAUAUAUAUAUAUAUAUAUAUAUAUAUAUAUAUAUAUAUACAUACAUACAUACAUACAUACAUAUGAAUUAUGUUCUCCUUUGCAAAAUCAACAAGCGUUUUGUGACUAGCUAGGCAUUUUGUGGUAACAGCAUGUGCACAUCGGUACAGAACUUCGAAUGACACCAAAGCUCCCAACAGUACCAUGGACCUCAACAACUUCUACAAAGAAUGUGCACGAGGUGUUUAUUUCAACAGGUUCCUUUAAUGUGGCUGUAAGUUAGUACACAAGCUAACCCCGGUUUCACACUGAAAGCAUCAGCUGCACAGAACGGCAGCGGAACGUCACAGCAAGUAGAAUCCAUUAUAGUCUAUGGACUGAUUCAAACCAGCUGCAACGAGACAAUUUACCCAGAAGAGGCAUGCCGCACCACUAAAGAUCGGAUCGGGUUCUAUUUUUGCCUUGAGCCAGUUCUGGGACACGUCAAUUUCCGCAGAUAACAUAGGGCUAGACAGGAAAUCACACACAGUUUCAGUGUAAAAAUCUCUGGUAAUUUUCAAAAUAAAAGUACUGCAGUGAUGCGAUUUCAUAUAUAUAUAUAUA